UCUGACACAUUUGAUUAUACGGUGAAGCCGCAGAUUGCAAGAGGUUAUCAGUUCCUACAGACUAGCUAAUGCCAGCGCGAUUAGCGGGCAGCUUUAGGCGGUGGCGCCUCAGUCUAAAAUCAAGAGUGUGCGGGGUUUGUUUGUUCAAAAAUUAUAAAACAAUACACCAAGAUACGGAAGUGAAUUACAAGCUUAACCUGUCGUGGUUACCUUCCAUUGACCUUGCGUAGUCCGACCUCACUGUGAGCUGACCUUAUUGACCUCGCAUAGCGCCAAAGUGAAAAGUACGCAGUGAAAAUUGAAAGAACGCUCUGCAGUUGCAAGGCACAUGUGAAAGUUGCAGGUGGUCUGGCGCGUAUACGAUUAUUAUUUGCCCCAUUUGCAAAGCUUAAAAAUGAUUUGUGGCAAGUUGCAGGUACUUCUGCUAGUCUGUGUGCCCCUUGUCUGCGCAGUUGAUAUAUCUGCGAACAUAGAGAACGAUGUACUACAUUUUUCUUACGAGCUGGAACGUCUGUUGGACUCUCAGAAGCAGCCAUGUCAGGAUUUUUAUGGCUAUGUCUGCUCGCGCACAGCAAAUCUAAGCGAAUCUCUGCGCGACCAGCGUCUGCAGCAUGAGGAGCAGCGCUUUGAGCGUUUCAUAGCCGCCGCAAACGAGGAUAAGCUGCAAGACAUGGAGUUGAAGCUAAAGAACUUCUACAAGUCGUGCAAGAUAAGCCGAGAUUCAAGUGCGCUCAUGAAUUCCUACCUCUAUCAAACAAGCGGUGGCUGGCCAGCUCUGGAGACUACCGUGGCCAGGCAGCGCACCAAUCAGACCUGGCUCAUGUUGUUGGCUCAUUUCCAUGAGACAGGCGUAGGACGUUUCUUUGGCACACGUAUUAGCAUGCGAUCAAACAAGCGGAUAGUGGAACUGCAAACAGACGCCACACGGCGGCACACAUUGAGUCGUUUUGAGCAGCUCGUGGGUGAGGUAAUGCGCUCCUAUGCGGUGCACAAAAAUCGUAUGCCAGUUGUGGCCUUAGAGGUGCUCAAUCUGGAGCGAAGCCGACGUGAUAUACUCAAGUCAAAUGUAUCAGAUGAUCAGGUGGAGUUCACCUAUGAGAGUUUUAAGCGCAGUGCCUUAGGAAAUGUUUCGCGAUCCAUGAACUGGGAUACAUAUUUUAAGAAGUUGCUGGGUAAGCCUCUAAAGCCCAGCGACUCCAUCGUUUUCAAGGAGCUGCCCAAGCUAUUGGCAAUUUUAACAUUGCUGGAAAAUACAAGCCCGUCAAGGCUGCUAAAUUGGCUUUGGAUUGACUAUUUAAUAGACAUUGCCGACUUGGACUGCCACCAGCUGACCAAGAACCAAUUGAACGAUAUAUAUGUACAUGUGGUUCAGUAUGCCAGCAGCGACCGUGCCACGAUGGCAGCUAUGUAUGCGGCCAUUGGCAAGGCCAACAAGGAACAAUUGUCCAACAGCAGCUGGAUUGAUGAGAUGUCACAGCAGAGCUCGCAACAGUUUCUGGGACGGGUAAUGCACCUCACUUUAAAUGGUGAUGAUCAGUUGGAUGCUAGCUACAGUCCCUUGUCCAUAGACAAGUUCAACUUCUAUCGCAAUAUGGAGCAGCUGCAUCGAUUUCAGGCCAACCAACAAAGGCAUCAGCGUACACAACCGCCUAGUCCCGUCGCCCAGGACGUGAAGGAAUAUGAGCAAGUUUUCCGGACCGUAAAUAUGCUACUGGACACACAGACCCUCACCACCCCCCUUAACUACUUGCUAGUGGGCGAACACUUUGCGCGCAGUCUUUUGGCUGCCGGAAGCAGUAGCCGGACUCCUGGUGCCUGGCGCAGCAUGGACUCCGAGCGUGCGUUCUCCAAAUUUCAGAGGUGCACAGGACGAGGCCUAUCAGCAGAGGCGCGUUCCAAAAUAAAUGCUAAUGAUGUAUUGCUAUCGUUACUCGCCCAGAAGCAAACACUGCACUGCUAUAAUGAAUGGUUUAGUCAGGAGGCGUCUGCUCCACUGCAGACUCGACUGAACGAGGUACUUGCCGUUGGACGCCUGAGGCUAACGCUGAAGAGACUCUAUUUUAUUGGCAGCACGCUUGUGAGCUGCGGGCAGGGUGCACUGCAGCAGGAGCAAAAACGCCACCUCCUGGACGUUGUCUUACGCAAUUCGCCGGAGUUCAGCGAGGCCUUCAGUUGUCGGGCGGGGGAGCCGCUCUAUGUGCAGCAACAUAGAUGCCUGUCUUAAUUAAGCCAACUCGAGUUUGAACGUGACAGUGGCACAGAUAACACUUGACGGCCAUGACAGGGCAAACAAUGCUGCUUUUAACAAUAAAUACAAAAGUUGUUCAGAGCA